AUGAGCGAGAAUUUUUUGAGGAUUGGACUUAUGCGAAGCGCGGAAAAGGGUCGGAUUGCCGCAACACAGUAUCUCUUAAGGGAGGGCGCAAAAACAGACGUCGUAGCAGCUAACAGGUUAUCUCCUUUGCUUCGCGCAGUUGAACAUAAUCAUGUCGGAAUCGUGCAGCUUUUGCUUGAUCAUGGAGCUUCCACUGAGACCGCCGACAAGAAGGGCAGAACGGCCCUGAUGACCGCCGCUUGGAAAAAUCACUGGCACAUCCUUCAGCUCCUUCUUUCCAGAGGAGCAAAUGUCCAUGCAAAAGAUUUGAAGAAGAGGAAUAUUUUACACAAUCUCGCCGCUGACAAGCAAUGCGAUUGGGGAGAAGACGUGCUUGGCCUUCUUCUAAAACUCGAUAUCUGUAUCGAUGGUCGGGAAGCACAAGAUAACCUUGGCCGCUCUCCUUUACACUGGGCUUGUGCGACAGGGAAGAAGCGCUUUGCAGAGAAACUUCUUAGCAGGCCUCGACAUCCUGGGGCAAAUGUCAAUGCCACUGAGAUAAGAUCGAAGACUUCACUACAUAUUGCAGCCGCCCAUGACAGGGAUGAUCUGGUAGAACUCCUUCUUACCUACCAUGCGGACGUCAAUGCAAGGAGCGACGGCGGGUGGACUCCGCUUCAUAAUGCAUGCGAGAAGGGAUCUGAAAAGAUCGUCCGAAUGCUACUACAGGCUGGCGCAGAGAUCAAUUCUAAGCUUCUCAAUGGGAUGACCGCGCUACAUUUAGCUGCUCAGGGAGGCCAUGCUGAUGUUGUUAAGUGCCUCCUCGAAUGCAAGGACGUGAACCUGACCACCAGGGAUACUUUUGGAAGUACGCCUCUAUUAAGAGCAGCUCAAUUCAGGCGCAAAGAUAUUGUCCAGCUGCUUGCCCCAUACAACCACGUCGAAGCCCUGUCAGAGGACGCAUUGGGCGCAUGCAAUGGGUUUGAUGCAACCAUUGUCGACUUCGGCAAUUAUCACAACGAAAACCAAGUAAAAAGAAGGACUGUAUACGAGUUGCUAUACGGGCGCGACCCAAAGGAUUCGAAUAAACACGCAAUCAGCACCCUUCCCUUUAACGUGAAGGCUACUAGAUUUCGAUGGAUCCAUCUUCCUGCGAAUAAUAUGGUUUGGGUCGAAGCACUACUCACCAAAAUCUUCAUCGAGGAAGGCGCGGGCGACGUAGAAGGCUUCAAAGCCCUCGAAAAAUCUUUCAGCCACCAGCACCGAGGACAGCGUACUCACUCACACUUUAUGAGACCACUAUCUCAGAGCACUCCACGGGCGCCGCGGCAGGACGAGGACGAUGAAACAGAGCAGAUGACACCCUCUGUCGUCGUUAAUGGUGCGACGAAAGAAGACAAGGUCCCCGAGACUCCAGUCAGGAUUUCGAAGAGUGGUAGCGAUCAGUCAAACUGCGCGGCACAUAUUGGUUUAAAGAACCACGCGACUGGCUCACAUAAUGAGACGAAAGGCAAGAGGAGGGUUAAGCGCGGUACAGAUGCACCAAAGAGUGAACAGGGUCGCAAAUCCAGUCUUCAAUUGGCGAACUCUAUUGUAAGAUCACGCAGAUCACCAGGAUCACCAUCGAGAAAAGAUUUUAUGCAUUUUGCGAAAAGCAACAUUUACACUUUUAUGCCCUACCUGCAUUUUGAGACCGACACGCGACGACAAGAAAUGCAAGAGGCCAUCAGACAUGCGGAAACCCUGAAAGCUCGUCCAGCGCUCACAAAGGCUCGAACCUACGACGAAAUGCUUCUCCGAGCUCACCUGAGCGCUUCGAACACCUCUUUGCAUGUUCGUCGGACCCUAGACCAGUUCUUUUACCACAACAUCGACACACAAAGUCGAGACUGUGAUCAGGUGGUGUAUCGCUAUCAGACCAAAGGCAGGGACCAAGAGUAUCCCAGGAUAGAUCCCAAGGUCUUCAUGGUGGAUCAAUUGUGGAUGUGGACAUUGGGUAAAGACCUGAUCGUUACGAGCUUUCCGCAACGAUGGCAACAACCCAAGAACGAUCCUCUUAAUGUUCUCGAUAACAUAAUUGAGGAUAUAAACUCAAAGACUAGAGAGCCAGUGAAGUCUGUCUACGACCUGGCCAUGAUUAUUACCGGCCGAUGUUGCGGCGCCUUCGACCGCCACAGGAUGGGCGAUGCAGACUAUCAGUUCCUCGAUAUGUUUGAAUCUUCUAUAGGCAGCGCCACCGACCGUGAAACAACACUGUUCAAUGAAUUCAAUGAUGCUUCCGUCCAAGCGUCUGAAUGGCUGAAGCACCACCGCAGACCAAACCGCUUCUCCCGCAACCUCGGGUCCUCAGCCGAGAAAGAAGAUAAAUUCAAAUUUGAAGACCAUAACCGUCGACCCCUCUUCGUUGACAAACUCCUUGACAUCGGCCAGGAAAUCAAACUUCUUACCGAGAUCAAGGACAUCCGCGACGAGCUCAACAUGAUCCGCAUGGUGCUCCAGUACCAACUUCAAGUCCUUCCCGACCUCCAAGAAGCCAUCUUUGACAUCUUUAAAGAGGAGCACCGCUCGCACCAAGAAAUCAAGAAGCAUAUCAAAGAUCAGCAAAAGAUCGUUGACGUGCACAUCAAAGAUCUUGACCGCAUGGACAGGCAAGCUGAGCGCAUCUAUGAUUCCAUCACCGACCUCCUUGAUCUUAAACAGAAGCAUGCGAACGCUUUCGAAGCGCGCUUCGCCAGGGAUCAAGCUGCCGGCACAGCGCGUCAAGGCCAGACGAUCAUGGUCUUCACCAUUGUGACCAUCAUUUUCCUGCCCCUGUCCUUCAUAGCCGCAUUCUUUGCUAUCGACAUUCAAGAGUUCCCACGAAACGUAGACGGCUCGCAGAGACUCCAUCUCUCAUAUGUCGCGCAGUAUAUGUUUGGCAUUGGCUUCGCAAUCUCGAUUCCGCUCGUGCUCAUCGCGUUGUCGCUGGACGAUAUUGGAGACCUCUACCGGGAGGCGAUCAGACGGUUGCGGCGGAAGAGAUUGGGUAGAGAAAGGCAGCCACCUCAGAUUGAUGAUGCCGGAAGGGCAGUUGGGGUUCUGAAGAUGGAGCAGGCGUCGACGGUCGCAAGAAGCGUGGGCGGGAGUAUGGAAACAAGUUGGGUUGGGAGCUUGUUGCCUGUGGCAAGGAGAACGACGGGGGAGAGCGAGAGGAGCAGGAGACGUUUCAUAUUCAGGAAUAGUGUGGAUACUGAGAGAAGGGAUGGACUACGUCUCCACUGA